AUGGAGCCAACAACCCCUGCUGUACUCUUCUGUCGUUUGGAAACAGACGUGAAAAUUAAGAAGCGAGACGAGGAGCAGCCUACUGCCUGCUCUGAGGCAAGCGGUAAGUACAGGGCUCUGCGGGCUCCUCCUGGCACAGCUUCUGGUACAAAACUCCCAGCUGUAAUUGAGCACUUUGCACUAGAUCAACUAGUGACAAUGAUCAAGAAAAGAAAAGUUAAUCAUCCAACCAAAGAAUCUGUUGUGGAAUUAAAACCAGAGGAAGAACUGGAGCCGGCCACAACCAUCUGCCAGGUGGCUCCAGAAACCCCUGAUAUUGACAUCUGUCAGGUAAACAAGGAAAACCAGCAAGAGAGUGCUGAAAUAAACCAGGAAAACCAGCAAGAGAGGACUGAAGUAAACAAGGAAAACCAGCAAGAGAACGCUGAAACAAACGAGGAAGUCAUCGAUGAGGAGAUAGCAGAGGAAUCAGGCACCAACACCUGCCAGCCUGAAAUCUCCAAAAUCUCUGAGGAGCAAGUGGGCGACAACAACAACCAGGCAUAUCAACAUCUACUUGCAACUAAAUACCCGAAGCCACGGAGUUAUGUACAAGUCCUGGAGCCCAUCGGAGAGGACAGCUACGGUGUCAUUUAUAAUGGAUGGCACCGUAAAGAACAAAAGGAAGUGGCAGUUACCAUCAUGAAAGAUGUAGAGAAGCAGAAAGAAGUCCUCAAUGAACUGCAGGUUCUAGAAACCAUUUCUGGCCAUGGAAACAUCAUUGGCUAUUACGGGGCAUAUUUCCAACCUGCCUCUGUAAAAAUGCCAGAAUAUGAGGGACUGUGGAUUUCAAUGGAGCGUUACAGUGGGACAUCAGUAAAACAGCUCUUUAACAGCAACAUAUCCCACUCCUUGAAAGAGGGCUGGAUUGCUUAUACCUGCAAGGAGGUAUUAAAGGGCCUGUGCCACCUUGAUAAGCACAAGGUGAUUCAUCAUGACUUAAGGCCAAACAACAUCAUGAUAACAUCUGAUGCAGAAGUGAAGAUCAGUGAUGUCAGCUAUGCCACCAUUGGUGAAAGCAGUCAUAGUACUGCAGGUGCUCUUCCAUACAUGGCACCAGAAGUACUGGUCAACACUAACUAUAAGGUCAUAGAAUACACCUCUAAGGCUGAUGUAUGGUCACUGGGAAUCUCCGCCCUUGAAAUGGCAGAAGGAUACUACCCAUUCAGCAGAUUUCCCAGCAAUGCACGCAUCAAAAGAAUAAUGCAUGGUCCCGCUCCAGUAUUGCUAUGGGACUCAUGGAGUGACAACUUCCAUGAUUUUAUAAAGAAAUGCCUCCAGAAAAAUCCGGAUUGGAGGCCAUCUGCAGAGCAGCUACUGUCACACCCCUUCGUUCGUAACAUCUGGAAUGAAAGGGGUGUGAAAAGUAAUAUCAAGUGGCACCUGCAGAGAGAAAUGAAGCACUGAAGUAAGAAAACAUCAUGGCUGCCAUCGGGGGAGGGACGGGGGCACAUGUACAGGGGCCCUAUGUCAUCUUUGGGCCCCGCAGAAAAACUUGGUCCCGAUGGCAGCUAGAAGAUUGACAACAGCGACAUCAAGAUUGACAUCAAUAUGAUAUUUUAAAUAAUAAACAUCUUAAAAAUACAUUGGCCCCUGGUGUAUUUUUUUUAAUAGGGAGACAUUGUUAAUAACCUCCAAGCCCCCUCAUAUCCAUCUUCCUUUUAAUAUUAGUUCUAAUGACCUGGACAAAAUCCCAUAAACAGUCUUAUGUGCUUGUUUUAUCCACCCUGGUCCUGCUGGUAAUUCCUGUGUUCUAUUAAUGGGUUCCAUCAAUAUCUUUUCUUGCAGCAAGUGAGAUGGCUAGUGCCAUUUUUAACAUGGUGCAGUGUGCCAGGGUAAAUGUCUGCAAUAUUGUAUUCCCUCUAGCGCUCCAGAAGAGCUGUUCAUUUCAAUAUAGAUCUUAAUAAUAAUAAAUCAUAAUAAGAAAAAAUAAUAAUAGUAAGAAAUAGUAACAUAAUAGAUGAGGUUGACAAAAGUACAUUGAAUUCAACCUUUUAUUUAAAAAAAACCCAAUUGAAGCCUCUCCAAUUUACCUUGAUGGAAAGUAGGCCCAGUCAACUUUGUACUAAGAGUUCAUUUUAGGAACUUAUUUUCUCACUUUCCCACCCAACCCCUUCUUGAAGCUUUCUAAUGUAUCUGCCAGUAGAACUGAUUCAGGGAGAAAAAUCCACAACUCUUCCUGUAAUAAACAUAUUUUUUGCAGCCUAAGAUGAAACCUCCUAAUUUAAAUAGAUGUCCUCAUUCUUAGCAUGUCAUAGAGGAUUGCCUCUUUUUGAACCCUGAGGGGUUAAAAUCUUUGAAAUGGGUG